AGAGAAAAAUAUGCCUACAAUGGUGCCUCUAAUAAACUUUAAUCAAUGAAAUUAUACAGUACGUUUCUAUUUAUGCCACAUAAUCUAUGCUUUGCAAGUUGAUGAUCGAUUCAAUGAAUGAGGAAGAAUGUAACAAAAAAAAGUACAAUGGGGGCAUUGUGUUGGGUCAGUAGUCUAUUGCGAUGCACUAGGAGUUGUAAAUAAUAGUAUGCAGCCAGGGCAAACAUGUUUCACGAGAGCCACAAUGUCUAAUACCAAUAUUUCGGGUAGCUUACUAUUAUGUACUAUUAGGUGUACUUAGUUGUAAAUAAUACCAGGCACACAUGUCAAACAUUGAGGCAUUUUUGACACGUGCUUGUAACAAGAGCUGCAUGAUGCAUGCCUCAUGUUCAGCAGGCUAUAUAAAGAGGUGCUUCUUGAUGCAGUGAGCAAGCUACAACUAUAAGAGAAAAUUACAAUGAAGAUUCUUGUAUUCUUCUUUAUGACUCUCAGUGUUUGUGCUCUAGCUAUGCCAAGUAUGUCAAUAGGUGUAUGUGUUAAUGUAUGUUCAUUGUAUGUUAUUUCUAUGAUAGGCACAAAGUCUUACAAUCGUGAUCAUUACAGCAACAGGAACAAAGUAACAAACAUGAAUAAUGAGACUUCACCACCAGAAGAGAGAUCGCUUGUACAUAAAAGUGGUAUAAGAGAUGUCACAGUCACAGUUCAUGGAAACAAAAUUUGUGUUUACUAUGAGAUAACCCUGUUUGGCUGUACUAAUCUUAGCAAUGCAUGUGGAUUUAAAAUGCAAUGGUUUACUCUUGGUUGUGCUGAUGAUGAGGAGCUGUUACUGGGAAUGUGCUUCAAAAAAUGUUCACUUCUUGCUAAUAAAGAUUUCCCAUUACGCACAGGACCAAACACAUGCGCAAGGAAUGGAUGCACUUCAAGUCAGGAAUAUGAUGCUGGUCUCUGCUAUCCUAAAUGCAAAGAAUACUACAUCGGAGUUGCCACCGUUUGUUGGGGAUACUGCAGCAAAUUCUGUGGAAAAGAUUACACUGACAUGGGCCUAUACUGCUACCGGUGGUGGCCACCGCAUGCCUGUUCCAAGCCAUCGUAUGGUAGAGGUGUUGGGAGCCUCCCUUACCAACCCUGGACCAAUGGAUUGCAAUGCAACGGGUUUGGUGUGAAUAACGAAGGAAAAUGUCCAUUGGAAGAUGUCUCUAGUAAAUCGCCCGUUGAUCUUGGAUGCAACAAGUAGUGAACUGGCUUAAUAUAAUAAGUGCAUGAACAAGCAAUAAUAAUAGGACUUUUUGUUAGGAUAUUUUUUGUUAGGCCUUUUUUUUGAUAGUUUUGCUGCUUAUUUUUUCAUGCAACUUUUCUAAAUAAUUAUUAUCGAAAUCUCAUCAAUCAAUAUAGUACAGUCUGUUUUUAUUUAUGCCAAGUGAUCUAUGCCUA